UUGUGCCUGUUUCUGUUGUUGUAAUCCUGAUUUGUGGUAUCUUUAGUGCUAUCCUUGCCUUCUGACUCUGUAAAGUUGUCCUGUGUUAGUUCAAAGUAUUUCAAUACUUCAAGCCUGAUUUCAAGCUCCGAUUCUAAAAGUAUUUCAAUACUUAAGAUUAUUGCUGCCAUUGAGUUUUGGUUAGAGAGUGCUGAUAAUAGCUAGUUGGACUAAGCUUGUUUACUCUCUUGUGGUUAACCAAGCUAAUCAAGUCGCCUCUGGUCUUAUUGGUCAUCCUGGUUAAAGAUUAGUCAAAGCUUUGGAAAGCUAGUGAAAGUUGAUCGCUGGACUCACCAAGUUUGACUCUGAGUAAGGAUAGAAAUCCUAGUCAAAGUGCAGUUGAAUUUGAACCUUUAGCAAGUCAAGACUAAUAAACUAAAAUUACUCUAACUUAUAAAAUUGUGAUUUCGUGGUGAUCCUAAAAGAACCUGAUAACUCAGGAUUUGAAAGGCUGAGUAAAUCUUCUGUAACCUGAUUUAAGAAUUUCAAUUCUUUAUUGUGUUGUAUGGGAAUGUCUUCCUUUCAGAGUCUUGUGGGUGAUAAAAAAGGGUAACAUAAUUGAUUAUCAAUGAAAUGCUGGUUGACUUUGAGUAUUGAUUGCUACUGAGUUUCUUCAAUCAUAUCUUAUUAGUAAAUCAUCAAUUGGAUUAUAUGAUCAUCGAUUAGUGAUAAUAACUGGUAAAUGUCUUGUAAGAAAAGUAUUAAUUGUCACAAGAUUAACUUAAUCACUGGAGAGGGCAAUCAGAUUUCAGAUGUUUCGAGUGAGAAUUGAAUAGAGAAGGUUAACUGGUAAUAAUAAUGCGAUUAAUUGAGUUUGGAUCAAAUUAAAUGUUGUCUCAAUCCAGUUGAAAAAUGGAUGAAAUUGAUCUUUCCAUUGCGUUGGGUUUAACUCCUCGACCUCAACAAAGAUCUGGUGUCGCUUUAAUGAAUGUUUCUUUACUUGGAAUCACCUUUUUCUUCAUUUACACCUGUUAUGGGACUUCAAUGUUUAUUGAGGAACUGGCAGUAAAUUCAGUCAAUAAUGAGUUUGCCGACAAAUGGAAUGGUAAACAAUGGAAUGCUCAUGAACUUUUAGGUGUUAAUUAUGCCAUUUUUGGUUUAUUUUGUUGUCUUUCGCCUUCUCUAAUCGACAUGAUGGGUCCUAAAGUGGCAAUGAUUGUUCAUGGUUUGAUUUUAAGUUCAGCUAGUUUAUCAUUUAUAUUUCCAACACCUGAUGGCUUAGUUUUUUCCGCAAUUGGUUUAGGAGUUGGACAAGCAGUAUUAUGGACCGCUCAAGGUAAUUUGUUGACAAUCAACAGCAAGGACGAAACAAUCAUGAGAAACAGUGGAAUCUUCUGGGCUCUUUAUCAAACCAGUCUAUUGGUGGGAAACAGUAUUGUUUAUAAUCGGUUUGAAGAUCACCGAACCAUUGAUCGUCCUACAAGGAAUAUAACCUUUACAGGUUUAACCAUUUGCAGUCUUCUUGGAGUAUUGGCUUUGUUUGCUUUAAGAGAGCCGACAGAUGCACCGAGGAAAAAAGUUGGAGCCUGGAAAUCAUUGAGCAACACUUUAACGCUAAUUAAAAGUCAGAAAAUGAUUCUUCUGCUAUUGGUGUUUGUUUAUACAGGUUUGGAAGGUUGUUUUUUCAGUGGCGUUUAUAAUGCAUCAGUGGCUUUCUCAAGACGACGACCGAAUUUUACUCAUAAACGAUUCUCAGGAGUUUCUGGAGUUUUGACGGGCUUUGGUGAAAUCGCAGGAGGUUUCUUGGCUAUUUUAAUAGGAAGCGUAAAAAAGCGAAAACAAAGCAACUUUGUCAUUUUUCUUGGCUAUUGUAUUCACAUAAUCACUUUUGCAGUCAUGUAUUUCAAUCUGCAGUUCCAUGUGUCUCUGAAUGGAUCCGAUGAGCCAGCAGUAGUUCAUGCAAGUCUAAUCUUGGCUUUAAUUUGUUGCUUCUUGAUUGGCUUUGGUGAUGCUUGCUUCCAAAAUCAGAUAAACGCCUUCCUUGGCUCAGUUUACCAUGAAGACAGUGCACCUCCAUUUGCGAUAUUCAACUGCUUCCAGUACUUGACAUCGGCCAUUGCUUUCUAUUACUCAAAUUAUAUUCCGUUGGAUACUCAUAUUUAUAUUUUAACGAUUGUUGCCACCAUUGGUGCUCUUGCUUUUUUUGCAGCUGAUCAUUUGCAUAAAGUUGAAAAAAGAGUUACACAGUACAGGAAGAAAGUUAUCCGAGUGAUUCCAACAUCUGAUCGACCAACUGGAAACAAUUAAGGCACUUGAAAUAAGACACUGUGAUCAUGUAGUAAUCAAUACCAAUGAGAGACUUUGGUGAUAAGCUUAUGGUUUUAAUCUGGAUUGAUUUAACUUUUCAUUGAAGUUCACAUUGGUUAAUCUAGAUGAAGCUGAAAAUGAAAUUGGAAAUGUGAUUAAAGCUUUCAAAGGUGAUUUAAAGCCGAAGUUUCAAUCAGGUUGAAAUAUGAAAACAGAAAUUGAAUGACAAACAAUAUUGUAAUGAGAAAUGAUAACUCGUAUAAUAAUAUACAAUAAUUGUGUUUCGAAAUAA